AAUCUGCCACAGGGGGCGUCAAAGAUGCAAAAUUAACGUUCACAGUCCCUUGCGCGGUAACGUUAGUUUGCUAGCCAGUUAAGUUAGCCAGCUGAAGUUUGCCAUCCAUCAGUCUAGCUAAUUAUUAUCACGCCUUUAACCAACGAGUGUCUAUCUACAUGCUUCGCCUCUUGCUCUCUGCUUGAACUAAAAUAUAUUAACAUAGUUACGUUGAGCUAAUUGCAUAGCAAAAUUGAUAUAACGUUAGCUAGCUAGUUAGCAAUCCAGCUAUCCAGCUAACUUUAUGGGUAACUUACCAGUUUUUUGUUAACGAGGGCGAGCCAAUGACUGUAUAUGAAGGGUGAACAGAGAUAAGCAAGAUAAAUAUACAUUUGAAUUAUUAGCCACUAUAAAAAAUAUGACUAUCUGUGUAAAUAAUUGUUAGUGAUAAUUUAUGGCCAGUCACUUACUUAGAAGAAGUUUAGCAGCGAAGAGAAUGUUGGCUAUCUAUUUUUUAAAUAAUUGUUCUCUAGCCAGCUAGUCAUGUCCCCUCAUUGGUUAAGAAAAGACCAAUCCCUUCGCACGAGGCAGGUCAUUGGCUAGACACAGACCUAUCCUAGCGAGUACAUUGAACGUUCUAAGACUUUUAAGAAAUGUGAUUCUAAUGCUACCAUGCAGAAAUAUUUUUUCCUACAUGACAAACCAAUCAGUGGUUUGGUUCAGUAGAAAUCAAUCAAUAAAUUAAUCAUUGAUUAAUUCGUUCAGCAAUGUACAAUUAUACAGAUAUAGACAGAACAAUACACAUAUAAAUUCAUAUUCAUGUGACUUCAUGUGACUUUUUUUCAAUUCUAGUCUAUUGUCAUUUUUAGAAUUUCUUCCAAAUAAACAAGGCACAUUUUUCAGUCUCAUUUUUCCAUCAAUUGAUAGCCUUCUCCUGAAUCAUUUUCGCGUUCAAUUUUCAAAGCAGGCGGUCGGAGCUCUUGCAUCAACUGCAGACACAGAACACCGCGUGUGCACUAAAAAUGGGGCAAUAACGAAACGACGACGAUAUGGAGGGGGUCAAUACGCGAUUAGUGCGGACGUUGAUAGUUUAUUAUACCUCAGUGGUUGAUAGAUUUGAUUGGAUAGAUCCGCCGCUGCAUGUAUGUCCCAACAUGACUGCGUGAGUGCGCCAUUCAGGUAAAAUAGCCUGUAUCUUGUUGUUAAAUUGUAGCCUAUCCUGAUGAGAUUGUGUUAAAUGAAAAUAAUAGAUGUCAUAAAUUGUUUCAUGUUUAUUUGCCCACGCUCGGCUCGAGUCUAAGCAGCCAGUGGCCUCAUUAAUUCAAUCGGUCAUGGACGUUAUUCUCCAUUGCCAUACGCUAGCAUGGAAUCAUAAGCACUAUAACGCACAUAGUUAAGACAGGCUCUGUACCGGACUGAACUGAUGUGUGAAUCUAACGGUUCUUCCAAGUUAUGAGAACCACCCGGAAGCACCGAUCUUCUCCGGGCACCAAGCUGCUACUGGGACGCUGCUACCGGCUCCGGAUGUCCCGAGUUCGGGUGCUUCUCGUAUGCCUAUGUGGGAUGCUGGCUAUAGCUCUGACACUUGGAUUUUCUUUCUCGAGUAAUGAUACAAGCGAUGAUGAUGACAGUAUUCAUAUGGACGAUAACACACAAUUUCGUGUGCCAGACCUAAUAAGGGACAAGUUGACCCAUAACCCCCGUCGGGCCACUGUGGCCCAGAUCAAGCGUCUGGUGGGCCAGGUGAAUUCAGGUAGACUGUGGUACUCUCUCCUGAGGCCCAUCCUGGUAGAGAGACUGCCAGGUACCAGGGGCAGCCGUAGGGUGCGUGAGCAUAUCUACAGCCAUCUCGAGUUCCUGUCAGCGGGUUGGUCGUUGGAGGUCGACUCCUUUAACUCUGCUACCCCAAAGGGAAUAAUCACCUUCUCCAACCUGCUGGCAGUCCUGGACCCCUCGGCCCCACGCCGUCUGCUGCUGGCCUGCCACUACGACUCCAAGGCUAUGCUCCCAGCUUCCAAAACCCCCGACGGGCCUCUCAGGAGGUUCCUAGGGGCCAGCGACGCGGCCGUCCCCUGUGCCAUGAUACUGGAGCUGGUGACUGCUCUGGACUUCCACCUGAAAGUGCUAAAACAACAGAAGUCACAGGUGACUUUGCAGUUGGUCUUCUUUGAUGGCAAUGAGGCGUUUGAUCAGCCGAGUCCCUCCGACUCACUGUACGGCUCACGUUACCUUGCUGACCAAAUGUCCCGUACACCUCACCCUCCAGGAGCCCAACAUACCACCCUGUUACAUGCUUUGGACCUGUUUGUUCUUUUGGAUCUGAUUGGUGCCCCUGACCCUAUGUUUGUCAACCACUUUGACGACACUGUACGCUGGUUUGAUGAGCUCAUAUAUGCAGAGAGGAGGCUCCAUAAGCUGGGUCUGCUGUCCUCCCACCCCAGAGAGGUGAGCUACUUCAGGAAGGACAUAAACCUGGGCCCUGUGGAGGACGACCAUGUGCCCUUCCUCCAGCAGGGGGUUCCAGUCCUACACAUGAUCACAACGCCCUUCCCUUCCUUUAUGCACACUCUGGAGGACACAGCGGAACACAUCCAUUCUCAGACUAUCGAGAACCUCACCAAGGUGCUAGUAGUGUUCCUGGCUGAAUACAUAGGACUCUGACUGACGUUUUCUCCUGUUACUGUUGCUCAUAGACAUGUAUCCUUUAGACUUUAUGCCACAAUCACUCAGCCGCAUACCAGCUACUCUCCCACAUAAUCAAUUUACAAUCAAAGUCCUAUCACACCAUGCCUUUUUUCUACAUCACCUAUAUCCCUCAUUCUAGAAUUGAUACCCUAGUAGUCUUGGUGUUGUUUUUUCUAUCCAUUCUGGAGCCAUACUAGAAAACGGUUGAAAUUAGGAUUGUGAUUAUAGAGGCCUUUUAUAUACCCUGUCCCUCUCAUUCCCAUAAUCCACGUGGAACUCAGACUUAUGCAAAAACAGAAUGAUAAACUUGAUUAGGUGCCUUUUGUCAAUACAUUCGGUAAAUGAGGUUGUGAACACUAGAAGAUAUAGGGUUUCCCAAUGAGGGAAGUUCAAGCUAGAUCAUGUGGAUGAAAAAGAUUAAAAUGCUAAAAAAGAGGUGAUAUACAGACAUUACUGUACAUAUUUGUUCCCCCAAAAUCACUUAUAUGUUUAGGACAGACAGUCCAGUAAUAAUAUAGCAAUAAAGAUGUGCUUUGGGAAGUGCUAGAUUAUAUGGGAUAUAAUUGUGUAUUAACAGUGCCUUCAGAAAGAAUUCACACCCCUUGACUUUUUCACAUUUUGUUGUGUUACAGCCUGAAUUUAAAAUUGAUUAAAUUUUGAUUUUUUAUUUGCCACUAGCCUACCUACAAUACCCCAUAAUAUCAAAGUGGAAUUAUAUAUUUUUUUAAAUGUUGCAAAUGAAUUACAAAUUAAAAGCUGAAAUAUCUUGAGUCAAUAAGUAUUCAACCCUUUUUCAGGAUAAAAAGAAACAGAAUGUAGCUAAGCACAGGCAAAAUCCUAGAUGAAAACCUGGUUCAACCUGCUUUCCACCAGACACUGGGAGAU